UGAACACGUCUCGUCACGGAGGAGCGCAGCAGCAAAAGCCUGCAACGACCUCAAGGGGGAAACCGACGGCGGCAAAAAGAUCCUUAAAUUGACAGCCAUGGCCUGCUGCAAUGCAACGACCUCAAGGGGGAAACAAGUCCCAAUUUGCAGGGCACAGUCGUCGGUCGUCGCUGCGCAGCUGCCCCUGUCUCCUUAUCCUCACCCCUUGAGAAGCCAAGAAGCAGGGAAGCGCCCGUCGACCAAGCAGCACUGCAGCGGCAUCCUGGCGCCGCCGCCAGGCAAGGAGGGGACUGCGAGGAGAGGGCUUCCUUCCCUGCUCAGCGACGGCGCAAUCGGGCAGGAACACAUCGCCUCCGACGCCACCCAGCUGAUAGGGUGGACGCCGCUCAUCGAGCUGAAGCGGAUCGCUGGAAAGGACGGCUUGGAUGCCCGGAUUGUCGGGAAGAUGGAGGCCUACCAGCCGCUUUGCUCCGUCAAGGAUCGCAGCGCUUUGAGGAUGAUCGAAGACGCCGAAGAGAAAGGGCUGAUUUCGCCUGGUGUAACGACUCUAGUUGAGCCGACGGGCGGUAAUCUGGGGCUAGGGUUGGUCCUCAUUGCUCUGCGCAAAGAAUACAGGUUCGUCGCGGUGAUGCCGGGCCAGUACUCGCUUGAUAAGCAGAUCUUGUUGAGAUACAUGGGUGCUGAGUUGUUCAUAACGGAUCCAGCACUCGGCUAUCCGGGAAUGGUCGACAAGGUCGAACAACUCAAGAAGGAAUUACCCAACGUUCAUGUUCUUUAUCAGUUUGUGAAUCCAGCAAAUCCUGACGCACACGUUAGAUGGACUGGACCUGAGAUUUGGAAGGAUACUGCUGGCAAGGUGGACAUAUUUGUCGCAGGUUCAGGGUCAGGAGGUACGGUAUCUGGUGUUGGGAAGUAUCUGAAGAUGCAAAAUCCAAAUGUGAGGAUCAUUUGUGUAGAGCCUACAGAGAGUGCAGUCAUUUCAGGUGGGGAGCCAGGCAAGCAUGAAAUCCAGGGAAUAGGACCAGGACUAUUGCCUGAGGUCUUGGACACCUCGGUCAUCGAUGAAACGGUCACCGUGACCACUGGCGACGCGAUGGCGAAUGCGAGGAGGUUGGCAAUGGAAGAGGGCCUGCUUGUGGGCAUAUCUUCUGGGGCAAACUUCGCAGCUUGCCUAAAGGUCGCGGCGAGAGAAGAGAACAAGGGGAAGAUGAUUGUCACCAUGUUCCCGAGCGGGGGCGAGAGAUACCUGAACUCGGACCUCUUCGCGGCCGUAAGAGAGGAGUGCAUUGCCAUGACCUUUUGAGCUCUCAUGCAUCCUCUUCAGAAAAGACUUGUAUACCGACGAUCGAUCAUGUAUUAGCCACCGAAUGUGUGUCUUUACCGCAACGGUAACAAAUAAGAACACCUGCAUUAGUUUUAGUUUUAAAGCACCGAUUGAUUCUUCUUUUUUACAUGUACCAGUUGAUUCUUUGAUCUAUAUGCUCAUUUUGUGCCUCAUCGACUGAAUCCAAAGGAUCAUGUUUACAGUCGGUCCUACCUUCCUUUCAUCUGGCCAUCCAUUUGCUGUCGUGGAGCCGGCGCAUCGAUGGCUGGUGGGUGACGACAUAAUGUUGGUUGGGCACGGUAAUCCUAAGGAUUUUCGCAGAAAAACUGGAGCAAAAUAAUCCGAAGGAACUUGUACUACUGUAGUAUUUGAGUUGUUUGAUUCACUUGGGUGUUUGUUGGAAAAGAUAUUUGCUUUUCUAUGUGCAGACCCGAAAUGUUUUAUGGUGCAAAUGCAAUCAACACUGUAAAAUCUGAAGUCGGCA